UUUUCUCUUUAAUUUUCCCACCUUUUCCGUUCUUUAUUCAACCCAACAACCUCUGUCAUCCUCUUUUGCAGAAACCGCGUUUUCUCUCUCAAGCUUUUAUUUUUCGGUACUUCGCUCAACUGCUCUCACUUCCCGCGGGAAAACUCUCGCUUCUCUCUCCUUCUCUCAUGUUUUAUUCUCCAGCCAUAGCACCACAGCAGCAGCUGAAGCAGACCGUUCAUGGCCGACAACAGCGAAGAGAAGCUUCUCGCGGUGGCCCGCCACAUUGCCAAGACGCUUGGCCGCACCGAGACCAUGACCGAUGACAUUCUCCAGAUUUUCUCUACCUUCGACAACCAUCGCUUUUCUCGGGAAAAGCUUUCCGAGAAGAUGGACGGCGACGAUGAUCCCAGGGGCUACGCGGCCCUGGAGCACAGCUUGAAGUCGCUUGACCGUCGGAUCUCCCGCUACGUAGCGGCGGACCAGGCGAUUUGGGCCGAUUCUGCGGAUUCUGCGGAGUUCAUCGAUGCCAUCGAUGAGUUGCUGUCCACGGUGCGGGAUUGGAACCAUAUGGCUGCGGAGAAGCCGGUUGCCGCGUGUUUGGAUCGCGCUGAUGAUCUUUUACAGCAGGCUAUGUUUCGGCUUGAGGACGAGUUUCGGUUGUUGAUUGAACGGAGCGCUGAGUCGUUUAAUCUGCAGAACCGGUUUUCCGGAGAUGGAUUGGAAGGCUCUGGGGCUGGGAAUGGGAAUUUCUCGUCGGAUGAGGAUGAGGACGAAGAUGAGAAUGGGGAUCGGAUUCCUGUGGCGCACCCGGUCACGGAUUUUGAUAUCGUCAUAGACGCUCUCCCGCUGGGGACCAUCAACGAUCUGCACGAGAUCGCGAAACGAAUGGUUGCGGCCGGCUUUGGGAAGGAGUGUUCUCAUGUGUACAGUAGUUGCAGGAGGGAUUUCUUGGAGGAGAGCAUUUCUAGGUUAGGGUUACAGAAGCUUAGCAUCGAAGAGGUUCACAAGAUGCCGUGGUCGGAGCUUGAAGACGAGAUCGAGCGGUGGACCAAGGCAGUAAAUGUGGCACUCCGGAUUCUGUUCCCCAGCGAGCAAAGACUCUGUGACCGAGUUUUCUUUGGCCUCUCCGCUGCUUCAGACCUUUCGUUCAUGGAGGUCUGUAGGGGCACGGCCAUCCAACUCCUAAAUUUUGCUGAUGCAGUUGCAAUUGGUAGUCGAGCGCCCGAGCGCUUGUUCAAGAUCCUUGAUGUAUUUGAAACGCUUAGAGAUCUGAUGCCAGAAUUUGAGGAAGUAUUCUCUGAUCACUACUGUGCUUUCCUUCGGACUGAAGCGGUUACAAUUUGGAAGAGACUUGGGGAAGCAAUUAGAGGGAUUUUUAUGGAAUUGGAGAAUUUGAUCCGGCGGGAUCCAGCAAAAGCAGCUGUGCCUGGUGGUGGUCUUCAUCCUAUCACUCGGUAUGUAAUGAAUUACCUCCGGGCGGCCUGUGGAGCACGUCAGACCCUGGAGCAGGUCUUUGAAGACAACAUUCCCUCUGUUGGAGAUUAUCGGACUUCUGACCCCAAUGAUCGAGCAUCAUCAUCAUCACCUUUAGCAGUGCAAAUGGCUUGGAUCAUGGAGCUCCUAGAGAGCAAUUUGGAGGGCAAAUCUAGGGUCUACAGAGACUCUGCAUUAAGCGCUAUUUUCUUGAUGAACAACACUAGGUACAUUGUUCAAAAGGUUAAAGACAGUGAACUAGGUUCUCUUCUGGGUGAGGAUUGGAUUCGUAAACACUCGGCGAAGGUCAGGCAAUACCACGUGAACUACCAGAGGAACUCAUGGGGCAAGGUUAUUGCAGUGUUGAAGCUCGACAAUAGCUCACUUGCUCCAAGUGCAGCCUCUAAGUUGCUUAAGGAGAAGCUUAAGAGCUUCAAUAUGCAGUUCGAGGAGAUGUGCAAAACUCAAUCAACUUGGGUUGUCGUGGAUGAGCAGCUCCGGACAGAGAUGAGGCUCUCUGCCACAGGAAAUGUUCUAUCCGCGUAUAGGAAUUUUCUGGGGAGGUUGCAUAAUGUUCCGGAAGUAGAGAGGCAUACAGAGAAGCAUAUAAGACACAGUGUCGAGGAUAUUGAAGCUCGGAUUAACGAGUUAUUCCAAGGAGGUAUUGGAUUCACUGGUAGCCGGAAAUGAAGUGAGAUGGCUCAUUAUCGUUGUUGUAUGUUGAAUCUUCUAUGUGAAUCAAAUAGUAGACAUUAGUGUCCUUGUAUUUAUCUGCUGUGUUCUCAGAAAAUGUGUAACUCUGCAAUUCCAUUUGAUUCAUUUCUAUCAAGUGUCAGUUGAGUAGUACAGAAUUAUGGUUUUUGAAUUAAUUAUAGUCGAUGCUUGAUACAUGAAUUAUCCUAUACAGAACAUUGAUUAUGUUAUAUAGAGACUGGAUAUUCUUUUGGAAAUUUUGUUGUAUAAAAGAAGUUGUAAUCUUUUGACU